AUGAAAAAAUAAGAAAUCAAAGAAGGUUUGGUGCACUUAAGGAUAAAGCAAAAUCUUUUAUCAAUGAAAGAAUUUCAAGAUAAGAACAGCCUUCUUGAACAAAGCUUCGAUAAAUUAGGGGAUAAUGAAGAUGAAGUAGUUUAGACACUUGGGAUGCAAGAUUUUUACAAUAAAAAUAAACAAUCUUUGCUGCAGCACAAUUACUCUCUGUAAUGUUUGCAGAGUGAGUAAAGUGCCUAUAAUAAUUAAAAUGACAAUUUAUACUCUAGCAGAGCUGCUUCAUAAAGAUUUAAAACUAGAAGAAAUAAUGAUAAUUAAACUUAAAAGGAGGGGGUAGGUGAAUUUAACAAUUAUGAGAAUGCUCAUUAAAUGUUUAUUAAAAAAAUGAAGAGAGAUAACUAAUAAAGGAAGCUAUAAAGAGAUAAAACCAUUGAUGAACUAAAUAAAAACUCAAGAGAAGAAGAGGAAGAAAAAAUAAGAGAGAAUAAUGAAAGAAAGUAUUUAAUAAAGCAUUCUAGAUUUGACCUUGAGAAAUUCUUAGAAUUAAAGGAAAAAAUUAAGAGCAGAGAAAGAGAGAGAUCAUUGAAGAAACAAAGAGAAGAUAUGGCUGUGAAAGAAAUUCUUUAAAAAAAACCAUUAUUUUUAGAGAUGGAGAACUAGUACAAAAUACUGGUAGAGGAUCCUUAAAUAUAGUAAAGACAAGAGAAAUUACAAGAGUUGUAGUUCAUUAAAGACUUUAGUAUGCGAGGAAAAGAAAUUAAAGUUAAUAAAAUCAUUGAAGAAGAAUACAGAACUAAAGAGGAAAGAAUAAAGUUAGAGGAAGGAAAGAAAAAAAUACAUGAUAAAAUGAGAUUAUAUUUUGAAAAGGUUAAGGAGGUCAUUCCUAACUACUAUGUUGCUAAUAAAAAUCAACUUACUCCAAUUAUAUAAACUAAAAAGGAGAAUAGUAUUUAGCAGAGAUACGAUAGAAGUUUGAUUCUAGGUUCUGCAUCUUAAGCAAAUUUAUAGUCAAUCGAUUCAGAUUCUAAUUUGCAUAGUAAGAGAUUGCCAUCAAUAAAAAACUCAAUUUCAACAAGCAGAUAUAGAGGCAAUGAUUCCCAGGAUGAUAAUAUUUCAAGAAGUUAAAAAUAAUUAAGAACUAUUGUUUGGAAAAGCGAUUAUUCAAUAUAAAGAGAAGAGCAAUAGAAAAAGGAAUAAAUCAAGUCCUCUAUUUAAAAGAAAGACUAUCUUCGUGAAGUUCUUCAAUAAAAUAACAAUCUAGGUAAAAUAGAUGAAUCAGAUGUUUCAAGAUAUAUAAGAAGUAAGGACCUUUCUAGCAAGGAUAAAAUGGAGAUCGUUCAUAUGAAAGCUAAAAAGUUUGAGGAGCUUGCAAAGUUUGAAGAGAAAUACUUGGAACUGCAGGAUGAUCCACAAAAAGCAUUAGAAAAGUAGAUUGAAGUCAAUAAUUUGUAUAUGAAGAGUUUAAACGCUAAAAUUCAAAUGAUCAAUCCUUCAAGCGAUGAAGAGGAUGCCAAGCAAAAAUCUUUGAAUAAAUCAAAAAGUAGAAAGUAGUAUCAAUGA